UUGUGAAAGGAGCCCAGUAGAAACCAUUCCAGAAGUUUCCAGUGUUAAUUUAAGUUGAUAGAUUGAAACAUAAUUUACAGUUUUAUCUUCCUUUGUCUUGCUCGUGUUGUCAACUCAGCAGAUUUUUGACUCUGAAGGCGUGAAUGUCAAACUUUACAUGGUGAAAAGAUCAUGUAUAAAAGUGUAUGAAAUGAAAUUUAUAAGAGUGUGUAAAAGAGAGAACCAGUGAAACAGCAGGGACAAUUCCAGCCAGUCAGAGAGGAGAUCACAGUGGACUUUGAGUCGAAGGAAUUCAUUCAUGCUGCCAUUUCACAGAGUAUAAAAAAAAAACUGUGUGUGUGUGUGCAUACCCACAAUAACCAUCAAAUCAGCUGAGCCGUAAAGUGUGUGACGUGUGUUCAGGGUUCCAGUGUGAAAGUACAAACUCUGCAGACGGGCAGACGGGGAGAGAGCGUCCCGGCUGCGAAAGGCUCGCCCAGCGCUGGACGUGAUGGAGAGGCUGCUGAAGAAGUGUCAGAUCCGCAGCCAGCUGGUCAGAGAGUGUCUGGCUGAAUGUCUCGGCGUCUACGUCCUGAUCCUGUUCGGAUGUGGCUCCGUGGCUCAGGUGGUCACCACCCGGGACACUAAGGGCCAGUACCUGUCCAUCAACCUGGGCUUCGCUCUGGGGGUCACAUUCGGGGUCUUCGUCUCUCGAGGAGUCUCAGGAGCUCAUCUGAACCCCGCCGUGUCUCUGAGUCUGUGCGUUCUGGGGAAGCAUCCCUGGAAGAAGCUCCCCUUCUACACCUUCUUCCAGGUGCUGGGAGCGUUCCUGGCUGCAGCCACCGUCUGCCUGCAGUACUACGACGCCAUCCAGACGUUCAGCGGAGGGAAGCUGGAGGUGACGGGUCCCAACGCCACCGCCGGGAUCUUCUGCACCUACCCGGCAGACUACCUGAGCGUGUGGGGGGGCAUCGUGGACCAGGUAUCAGAUCGGCGUCUCAGUGUAAACCCUGAUCCGGAUGGAGGAUGGAUACUCUCCCUCGGCCUGCAGGUGAUCGGCACGGCGGCGCUGCUGCUGUGCGUUCUGGCGCUGGGGGACCGCAGGAACACCCCCGUCCCCGACGCCCUGCAGCCGGUCCUGGUGGGGGCGGCCGUGCUGGUCAUCGGCAUCUCCAUGGGCAGCAACAGCGGCUACGCCCUGAACCCCGCCCGGGACUUCGGGCCCCGGCUGUUCACCUACAUCGCCGGCUGGGGGCCGGACGUGUUCAGGGCCGGAGGCGGCUGGUGGUGGGUGCCCAUCGUGGCCCCCUGCCUGGGGGCCCUGCUGGGCUGCCUGGUGUACCAGCUGAUGGUGGAGGCGCACCACCCGCCUCCCCCGGCGGAGCGGCAGGACGGCCGCCAGGAGGACGUGGAGGGGAAAGCAGACGUGGAGAUGGAGUGACUGGAAGCAGAAGGAGAGGAAAACGGAAACGGACUGAAGUCAGUCUGAAGGUCUGAGCCGAGGAAAACACACUGUGAACUGAAAGACUGACGCACUGCAUGGACUGUGUGUGUGUGUGUGUGUGUGUGUGUGUUUGUGUGUGUGUGAGCUGUAUCCGGUCAGUGUUGCUGUGAUUAUGAGGAGCAGGCAGAGUUAUGAUUUUUACAAACUAACCCGAUGUUUAA